AAGAAAAAGAAGAGGAGGGGGAAAUAUUAAAAAUAUAGAUAAGAAAAAUGCAAAGUAUUGACUUUGUAUCAUCCACGGAUUGACAAUGAAAACUGCCGUAAUGGAGUUGAAUCAGUUUAAUCUUGACAAUAUAUUUGAUCAAGGUGACGUUCCUAAUGUUGUUAGUGUGGUCAAGAGAGAUGAAUGCCAUUAGAUAAUAUCGUCAUGUUGGACAGUACUGGAUACGAUCAAUUGAUACCCUGUGUUCAACAGUGUUAUUCGCAUAGCGCGCUGGGAAGCUUCUUAUGCGUUACUAGCAGACGACAUAUGCUUUGGAUAACGUUGACACUUACAAAUAUUUGACAAUCUUUCAAUAAAAAUCGUAUAUAUAUUGCUGAUUGGUUCCUGCGAAAUGUCAUCACCAACACAAGUGAUUAAAAGUGUUGGCCCAAAAUUAGUUCCAUUCUUUAAAAGUGUAUCUGUAUAUUUUGUGCUACUAGCACAGCAGCCAUCUCUAUUAACUGCAUGUUUCAAAUGUUUGCCAAUAAUAAGUCUUAUCGUCUUUGUUUUGUUACAUGGAAUUAGUUUAUCCAAAGAGUAUACUUUUUCUAGACGUAUUUUAACUGGUUUAGUCUUCAGUUGCAUAGGAGAUGCUCUUCUAGUAUGGCCAAAUUGUUUUACUGCAGGAAUGUGCAUGUUUGCUAUUGCUCAAAUCAUGUACAUUUAUGCAUUUGGCUUUAAGCCGAUAAAUUUUCUACUUGGUGCUAUAAUGUACUCAUUCUGUUCCUUAGUCAUAUAUCUUUUAAUGCCUGGUCUAAGUGGUAUUCUAGUCAUAGGUGUUCCAAUUUAUACACUGUUAUUAACUACAAUGGCAUGGAGAGCUAUCGCACGAGUACAAUUUUUUGAGGAAUUAUGGACAUGGACAAAACUAUGCAGCUGUGUUGGCAGUAUAUGUUUUCUAAUAUCUGAUACAUUACUUGGAUUCCAUUAUUUUCGUAGUCCAUUACCUUACUCUCAGGUGUCUAUCAUGUUAACAUAUUAUACAGCACAACUAGGAAUAGCUUUAAGUGCAGUAGAUUCAAAAAAUAACUACAAUAUUGUUGAUAGUACAAAGGCUGUUAGUAAAGUUAAAAAAUAGAAAAAAGUUAUCUUUUAUAAUAACAAAGAAGAAUAAAAUUGGCAUUGAAUUCUAGAAGAAUAAAAGUAUUGUUGUUUAAAUUGAUAGAGAUAAAAUAUAUCUUUCUUAUCAGAGAUAUUACUUUAUGUAUGGUAAACUUUUUCUCUUUAUAAAUACUAACGAUUUACCACUGCCACUAAUAUAGGCAUGAAUUUAUCUUCUCACUUUAAACACAUUUUAAAUGUAAUACUAUACACACAUAAUAUAAUGAAAGAUAUAUUUGGGAGAAUAUCAUUAUAUUGGUAAAUGUAUUUGAAAAUACUUUUAUCCACUAAGUCAAUGUAACUAUUUAGCGCGUUUAUUGUUAUACCCGCAUGUACGUAUGUGCGUGUAUAAUUAAAAUAUUGUUGAUAUGAAACUGUUACAUAUUGUUCGUUCGUUGUAGUAAUAAUAACGAACAUCUCUCUUAAUACGUAAUGCUACUCUCUAUGAACUUAGUUUAAUGAUAGUAAAUAUUUUCUGAUCCUUUUAAAAAAUAGUAUAUAAAUCUAUGUGUUGUAUGUUUUUAUGAAAAACACAUAAAAAUGCUUAUAUUUGAUUAUUAAUAUUUAACUUUAAGUUAUCCUUUUUCAUGACAAGAUCUCUAUAAUCAUGUAUGUCUGCAUACAAUUUCUUCGGACCAAUAUCAAUGGAUGUAAUACUUUUUAAUAUACACAGUCGGUUACACUUACUUUUAAUCCUUACAUGAUCUUGAAUAAUUGAUAUGAUUAUGAAAAUCAAUAUAUCGCAAUCCUAAAUGUUAUAAGCCUAUGUAUUGUAAAAAGAACUUUUUAUCAAAACAUCAGAUAUUUUUAAUUCUAUAUGACAAGAAAAUUAUGUAAUUUUUGUGUAAAACAUUUUUUUCUGCAGAUAUGUAUAGGAACAAUAAUAGGGUGAAAGAAGAUAAAUAUAUUCUAGAUAUGAAACUUCAAUUAUAUAAAGGUGCAAAUAGAGAAAAGAAUUGAAGAAUUAAUCGCCAAAUGAGAUAAAUUUGUAAUUACAGUCUAGCGAAUAACUGAUUUGAGUCAAGUAAUUAAUAUUCCUGAACAUAUAUACACAUAUUGAAUAGUAUUUGGUGCGAAUAUUGUUUAUAGUAUGAAGAGUGAUUCAAUAUUUAUAUGUAUGUACAUCUUAUAUACAUCUAUGUAUGUGGUACUUCUAUAUGUACUCUAGUUCAUAAUAAGUAUUUGUAUAUUCUCUGUGGUGUAAUAUAUUUGUUGAUAUAUCAAUAUGUAUGAUAUAAUGUAAUAGAUACUAAUUAUUUUGAAUAGACAAAAUGGGCAAUAUAUUUUAGUGAUAAUAAGACAGAGAUACUGUGCAGAUUUCAUACUGUACAAAUCAAUGUAUUGUUGAAAAGCAAAAUCGUCGAGGUUGUAAUAUACAUAUAUAAUAUACAUAUAUAUGUAUAUAUGUAGCGUUAAAUUGUAGAGUUCAGUAAAAUCGUAAAAAUCCUAGCUUUUACUCGAAAUAACUAGACGUUUUUAUUGUACUUUCUCUGAACUUUGAAAAACAAAAUGUUUUAUUAGUUGUACUGUUCUAUCGGGUCUAAUCUACGAAUCAAAUCUCAAUUUCAUACAUUAACUACCCGCUUUUUGUAAAUUCAUAUAUUAUCUAGUUGAAGUAUGUAAUUCUGCCUACCUGCGUAUUUUAAAAGGUCAGUAUAGUUAUUUUAGGGUUUAGCUAGUCAUUGCACAAAGUAACGUCAACAUAUAUAUAUAUAUGUGUAUUUAUCCGUAUAUAUGUUACGAGUAGUAUAUUACUGCGGGCAUUGUAUAGAAUGCCCGAAACUUUUUCUCGAGCAUUCUAUAGAAUGUCAAAAAAGUUUUAAAUAUAUACAAGCUUGAAAUACA